AUGUCAGGAAGAGGAAAAGGUGGUAAAGGUUUAGGAAAAGGUGGUGCUAAAAGACACAGAAAGAUCUUGAGAGAUAAUAUCCAAGGUAUAACAAAGCCAGCUAUCAGAAGAUUAGCAAGAAGAGGUGGUGUUAAGCGUAUUUCUGCUUUGAUUUACGAAGAAAUCAGAGUUGUUUUAAAACAAUUUUUAGAAAAUGUCAUCAGAGACGCCGUUACAUAUACCGAACACGCAAAGAGAAAGACUGUUACUUCAUUGGAUGUAGUUUAUGCAUUAAAGAGACAAGGUAGAACCUUGUAUGGUUUUGGUGGAUAA